GUGAAGGGAUUAGUGUGAAUCUCACACAACAAACACUAAGAGGGGAACAAGAGAGACAAGAAAGAUUCAAGAUCAUGGAGGUGUAUGAGGGCCGAGAGCAUGAACAUCAGGAGGCUGUGAAGAUUAAAAGUCCAGCGCACUUCCUAGCCGAUCUGAGCCGAGUAAGCACCAGGGUGAGCACCAGCAGCAACGCUCGAUUUGGGAACCUCAGCCAUCACUCGUUCUUCUCCAGACAUAACCCGCACCCUCACCGAGUCCGACACAUAUCAGGUUUGAACGGGAGCCCGGUGUGUAUCGUGAAUGAUGACUGGUACAACAACACGCCUCUCUACCCGCAUCCGCUCAUCAGGAGUCAAAUGUCAUCCAGUACCAAGCAGACCAUGCCACCUCUCCCGUAUCAACUGACCUACCGAGCCGAGGGUGCCAAACAGGAAUCAGCUCUGGUAUCAGAAGCAUGGAGAGAGGAACUGAAGGAUCUGGCAACCAAAGUCAGUCUCCAGGCUGCAGGUCAAAGUAAAAGGAAAGAAGAGGUUAUUCGAGAGGAAGAACCACCACGCAGGAAGACGCAGUACUCGUCUGAAACCGGUCGCAUCAUUCCUCCAUCAUCCUGGAGAUCAAAGCGCCGGGAUGCUCAAACAUCACUCACACGCCCGGGAACAUACAGACCAGCUUCACUGGUACAUCCAGGAUCCUACAGCCUUGGUGGUCAGGAGCUCAGGGUGUUGGAACUGUUGUGUCAGAUCCUGCAGACGGAUUCUCUCUCUCUGGUGCAGCAGUGGCUUCUUCUUGCGGGAGAUCGAGAGAAGGAAAUGGUGCUCGGGAUGCUCCAGCAGGCCAUGGCUGAUUCUCCCAACCUCAUUCAGCAGCAUCAGUUUCCCAUCACAGCUCCACCUGAUCCACUGCAGACGUGCCACAAACGUAAAAUAAGAAGUUUGGGUUCAGCUACAGACUCCAUCAAAGAAAGACCAGAGAGGAUUGGAGAGGCUGAAGUGCUGCGGGUUGAACAGGACGAUAAUCAGUAUACAGAUGAUACGGCGAGGCGACUUGAACACAGUGGCUAACUGUAAUAAAUAACGCACACUAGCACUAUUACAGAUCUAUUAUGGAAUAUUUAGCAAUAGAUCCACUAUAUCCAAGGGAGUAGAACCAUAGAGACGUACCCCCUUCUCUUUAUCAUUUCAGUUCGAUUUAUG